AUAAGCUCUGUUGAAAAGUUUUUCGUCAAACUGGUGACGCAUAUAACGAAAAAAAUUUGCUUCAAGUUACAUGCAAGCAAUAUAAAGUUAUAUUUUAUUCGUGAAUUUACGUCAUAGUUCAGAGCCAAAAACUAAACCAAAAAAUCAGUAAACCUUUUUUUAAAUAAAAAAUAGUAAUCAAUUAUGCCUGUUUAUGAUCUUACUCUGACGCGGGGUUGAAACAAAUCUUGAAUAUCUUAUUUUUGCUUCACAGUUAUUUUAUUUUUUAAAAUGGGAAGCGGUGGAUCGAAAGCCAAGAACUCCGGCAGUAACGAUUUGAACAACCAAGAAUUCUCUCAAUUCAUGAUUGAAGAACACAAUAGGUGCCGAAAGAGACAUGGUAGUCCCCCUUUGAAGCACAGUUUGACUUGUGAGAGAGAAGCUCAAGAGUGGGCUGAGAAAUUGGGACAGACAGGGUACAAAGAGCACAACACACAACAGAAGGACUUCGGGGAAAGCAUAUAUAAGGCCACAAAACCAGUUUCACCGCGAGAGAUAGUUGAUGCGUGGUAUGCUCAAAAUACAACCUACAAUUAUGAGGAGCCCAACUUCAGUCACAGGACAGGGUACUUCACGCAGCUAGUCUGGAGGGAGUCAGAAUUCGUGGGUGUGGGUCGAUCUCAGACAAAACAUGGGACAUUCGUGGUUGUCAACUAUGACCCCCCUGGAAACAUAUUAUACGAGGGACAGUUCGAGUACAACGUCCAAGAACCACAAGGACAUGGAUGAAAACAGCAGGAAAAAAAGAAGAAAAAUCUACAAUGAAGCUGAUAUUUUUUGUUUGGAAUAAAAUUUCAUGUUUUAUUUUUGUAUCCCUGCUGACAAACACACAACUACAAAAGCUUGACAAUUCACGUAAAACAACAAAAUAUGCUUUAGAUAACUUUUUAUGGCAAAUUCUUUGGAUUUAUUUGCGUGAUAUAUAACUUUUCACUUUUCAA